AUGGACGGAACUUCAAUUGCAUCUCGCCUUACUCAACAUCCCAAUGGCUUGGCCUCACCUGGGUUUCCCCUGAACAAUCACGCAACUCCCGGCAAUCAUGAUCCACGCCGCUCUUCCCCUUCGAUGUUGGGCAAUCCAUCACUCUACUUACAAAAUCUAUCAAACUCACAUGCAAAUUCAUCUUUCAGUCCAAAUUACAGUCAGUUUCUCUCGUCCUCGCUGACUGAGUCACUGGACGGGCUAGAUCCCGAUAUUAUGAAGCGACCCUUUGACACUUCUACACUUCCUGCUAAUCCUAUGAACGGGAUGCAACCUCAAAUCGAUUCCUCUUCAUCAAACUUUGAUAGUUUCCCUCCUAAAAAGGCAAGAUACGAUCAUUCCUCUCAACCUAAUCCAGCAGCCAUCGCUACUCCUGGUGGACCAGGUGCUAUAGGGGGAAACAAACUUUUCUCACCCGGUCAAUUCAACGGUAAUUCAACAGCCGGGUUUAACGGUACUCCGUUGAACCUCGGUGGACCACUGAAUCAAACUCCUCAGCAAACUACAGGUAUGGGUCAACCUGGUUCGGCCACUGGUGCCAGUCUUCAAAGUACCCCAUUUAUGGGUAUGAUGAAUGGCUUGAACGGUAUGAUGGGUAUGGGCGGAUUUGGCAUGGCUGGUUUCCCAUUAAACAUGAAUAUGCAAAACUUCCCUGGAUCACCUAUCGUCUCCCCUUCUAUGAACCCCAAUACCAUGACAGGUAAUUAUGGUCCAGCUGCUGCUGCUGCCGCCGCUGCCGCUGCAGGUAAUACCACUGGCCGAACGGUUUACGUCGGUAAUCUCCCUGCUGAGGCAUCGGUUGACGAGCUACUCAACCUUGUUCGAUUCGGUCCUAUUGAAACUGUCCGUUUACUACCAGAAAAAUCUUGCGUUUUCAUCUCCUUCUUGGACGGAUCCACAGCAGCAGCUUUCCACGCCGAUGCAUCAGUCAAAAAGCUCGCGUUACGUGGUCAAGAGCUCAAGAUUGGAUGGGGAAAACCGUCGGUCGUCCAUCCUACUGUACAAGCUGCUGUUGCCAAUGCUCAAGCAACAAGAAACGUCUUCGUUGGUAAUCUUGAUCCAGAAAUGAAUGAACAAGAAUUGAGAGCCGAGUUGAAUAAAUUUGGUCCAAUCGACCAAGUUAAAAUCGUAAGAGACAAAAACAUAGGUUUCGUUCACUUCUUAAGUAUUGCGACUGCUGUCAAGGUUGUCAAUCAAUUGUCCAGUGAACCAGGAUGGGAAGGCAAGCGAGUCAAUUAUGGAAAGGACCGAUGCGCCUACGUUCCUAAAGCACAACAAGAUGCCGUUCGUCAAGCUCAAAAUCAAGCUAUGUCCGCUGUGGCUACUCACCAUGGACAUAUGCCGGGAUCACCAUAUCACACUUUCUCACCUAUGACAGCUGGAUUUAGCGGGUUCCCUACUCCCGGUUCGACAGGUUUUGGUUCGCCUCUUUUCACUGGCAAUGGAUUCCCAUCAGCUGGUGGUAGCGGUUUCAUGGAUACAAACACUGCUACUCAAAUUGCCAACAGGACUGUUUAUCUAGGGAAUAUUCACCCAGAUACAACGAUAGAGGAAUUGUGUAAUCACGUUCGGGGCGGAAUGCUACAAAAUAUCAGAUAUUUCAUGGACAAGCACAUUGCAUUUGUGACAUUUGUUGAUCCAGGAGCAGCAAUGCAGUUCUUCCAUAACGCCAAUUCGACUGGAUUAAUGGUUAAUUCCAGAAAAUUGAAAGUGGGAUGGGGUAAAGCUUCAGGACCUCUCACUCCGCCUUUACUCCAAGCUGUCCAAGCUGGAGCAAGUAGGAAUGUCUACAUUGGUCAAAUUGCCGAUUUCACCUUGUUUAAUGAAGACAAAUUACGUCAGGACUUUGGGGAAUUCGGAGAGAUUGAUAUGAUCAACUUCCUUAAAGAAAAAGGAGCCGGAUUCGUCAACUUUACGUCGAUCCAAAGCGCUCAAAAAGCAAUCGAAGGUAUCAAGCUCAAGCCUGAAUACUCCACUCUCCGGAUCUCAUAUGGCAAAGACAGAUGUGCCAACCCUCCUAGAUCAAAUCACCAAACUCCAGGAGGUAAACCUAACCUCAAUCGAGGUGAUUCCCAACCAACCCCCAAGGAAGUAUCGUCGACGAACAAUAGCCAACCUGCAGACGAUGAAAUGCUGGAAGAUGGGAGUUAUCCAAUUGAGGAUGAUGGUUAUUUGGGAGAAGAAUUGACAGACGUCCCAACUUCGUACGAAUAG